AUGCACGCAUGUUUAAGACAGUGCUACGGUGGCCGGCGGCCGGUCAAUAUUGCGCCGUCAGUUUCGGAGCUAGGAAAUUUUUUUGAGGUUUUUUCUUUUUUUCUUUUUCGCAACUUGCUGAGGACCUAUUUCUUGAGGUUACAAGAUCAAGUAGGUCACAAAAAGUGCAUACGCUUUCUUUUUAUUACCGAAAAACCUAUCCUGACUACCGUAAUCCGACCGUCCGCCUUAAACAGCUGUUUUUACAUGCGGAAUGACUAUUUAAUUUUUAUUUUGGAAUAAUUCGUGCUAGUGUCCGUAGCUGUGUUUGCGUCGGAGUGUUUGACACUAAGAAUAUAGUCUGUUCAGGUUUUGAAUGUCAACCAGAUAACUCCGCCCUUGCCGCCACAGUAUCUUUUCGCGUCGAUGUUUUUACGCGCGGGGACUAAUUUUGAUCUUUUUUGAUCUAAAAGAUAGAAAAAGAAGUCAAAAAUGCAGCCUUAUUAAAGGUUCAUCGUCAUCUGGAUAUAAAACAUUGACGCGAAGGAUAUUGUAGCCUUGGGGUGGAGUUAGCUGCUUGACAUUCAAAAUCUGAACAGAAUAUAACUGGCGAGAUAAACGCGAGCUCGGCUGCGGUACAUUGACUAACUCGCAAAAAUGUCGCUUUUUUCUAGGCGCGAUCUCGCAUUUCUCUGGGCGCGGCCUCGCAUUUUUCUUGGCGCGAGCUCGCAUUUCGGAAAUUUUCAAGUUGCGAGAGAAAUGCGAGCUCGCGCCUAGAAAAAUGCAAGCUCGCGCCCAGAAAAAUGCGAGACCGGCGCGGGAAAAAAAGCGAGAUGUUUGCGAGCUCGUCAAUGUACCGCCAGUGUCUCGCGUUUAUCUCGGCAGUUAUUCUUAGUGGACUUACUCAGGCGAUGGUACGACAAAAUCUCAAGUCCGCAAAUCUUGAGAACCGUAAUCUUGUGUACGCAGAUUUCACCUUAAGGUUUUGGUUUCCAAGAUUAUGGGACUUGGCCUUGGAGACCAAAACUUGGAAAGCAAAAAAAAAAAAACGCUUUUGCGAAUAGAUUUUAUCAGAAAUUGUAUUCGGUGUUCCAAAAAAGAGAAUAUAAGUAGAUGAAGUGCAAAUAAGACUAAAAAGGAGAUUUUUGCUUUCUAAGAUUUUGGUUUCCAAAAUUAUGGGACUUGAGAUCUGCGUAAACGAGAUUACGGUCCUCAAGAUUUGCGGACUUGAGAUUUUGUCGUGUCGUACCAUCACUCAGGCGGGAAAAUGGCAUAUCACUGCGCAUCUAAAAAAGGAAACGGCAGGCCAGCGCGCAUGUAUUAGUUUAGAGCACGGUAAACUCGGAGAGCCAGACUCAUGCGAUGGUCUGCCGUUACAUGAGCGUUGGUCUGCCUUUUUCUUUUAAAUUUGGCAUGCCAGCGCGCAUGUCCUCAAACAGUGUGCAGAGCGAGGAGAGUACGAGUCUGGUUUCUCCAAUUUUACCAUACUCUCUUAAACCGAUGCUGACAUGUCGUUUUCCCCCUGACAUGGGAGGUCAUUUUAGCGUAGGGUUCAGAAUUUUUUAUAAAUUCGCUCAAACAAUCUUUGAUGGACUGGGAAUCGAUCCCCCACAGUCGCUAUCUGCACAAACUUUUUGUUUCGGAGAUAUGAUUUUUCAAAGAUUUUAUCCUUAACCAUGUGACGCCGUUUGGAAGGAAUCUGGCCGCGUCACCAACCACUGCAUGGCAGCUAGAAGCGUGGUGCAGUGGCUAGCGCGUUAGCCUGCGGAGCCUAUUAUGCAGGUUCGAAUUCUUUUUGCCGCUAACUUUUUUUGCCAUUAUUUUUUUAAGAGUUCUGAUGAUAAUAUUAAAAUUUCAUGAGUAAAACCUUUCCAAAUAAGUUCGAUAGCUAUUUUUCUUUCUAAAAAUCGCUUUUUUUAUAGACAAAAAAAUUAUGAAAAAAAUUUCUGAAGUUGUGGCAGACUCUACAUCAUCAGAGAAUUUUUCCCCAAAAAAACAUUUUGCUCAAAAAGAUUUUUUUAGAUUCCUGAAAAUUUGAUCUGGAUUAGGAUAGAAACAGGGUUUUGAAAUUUUUUUCAAUAAAACUCGGAUGACAGGUAAGUUUUUCAUGUUCUGUAAAGAUGUUUCUUCAGAAGUAAGGCAGAAAUUGGCUAUUGAAAUAUUGAAAAAGCCACUGUUAUUUAUCACAACCAAGACAUGCGAAGAUCUUCGAUGAAGGUUCAGCGCUUUUCUGAAACAUUUUUCGCUGAUUUUCAAAAAAAUAGUCUCUGAUGAUGUGGAGUCUGCCACAACUUUAGAAAUUUUUUUCAUAAUUUUUUUGUCCAUCAAAAAAAGCGAUUUUAGAAAGAAAAAUAGCUAUCAAACUUAUUUGGAAAGAUUUUACUUAUGAAAUUUUAAUAUUCUCAUCAGAACUCUUUAAAAAAAAUAAUGGCAAAAAAAGUUAGCGGCAAAAGAAUUCGAACCUGCAUAAUAGGCUCCGCAGGCUAACGCGCUAGCCACUGCACCACGCUUCUAGCUGCCAUGCAGUGGUUGGUGACGCGGCCAGAUUCCUUCCAAACGGCGUCACAUGGUUAAGGAUAAAAUCUUUGAAAAAUCAUAUCUCCGAAACAAAAAGUUUGUGCAGAUAGCGACUGUGGGGGAUCGAUUCCCAGUCCAUCAAAGAUUGUUUGAGCGAUUUUAGAAAAAAUUCUGAACCCUACGCUAAAAUGACCUCCCAUGUGAGUUGUUUUCCCUUUUCUUUGUGUUUUAAUCAUGAAUCAACUACCUAUUUUAUAAAGUUUUUCAAGAAGAAAAAAUUUCGGAGAAGGAAUAGUCGCGACCGACGUCGGGAAACGUCGAAAGUUCCCUAACGAUUUAAAAAAAAUCGGAAAAGUCGAAAUAUCGCUGUUUUUCAUUUCAUUACAACAAUUGAGACGUUUAAUUGCCCGACUAGAAAUCUAAUGUGAAGAAAUGUUAACAAAACGGCACUUUUCUACAUGAAGCUCCUCGAAAAUACAAAAUUUCAUCGUAGACGGGCAUCUCCAUGACAGCGAUCGUUUUUGCAGUUCUCGCGAUAGGACACGUUCGUCGGACGCGCGCGAAAAAUCGAUUUCAGACCGAUCCGAAACUUUCAAUCAACGGUAUAUUCUUCUAUUUUUUAAUACAAUCGUAAAUUUUGCAUGGAAUGGGAUUUGUUCUAUAUAGUUUUGCUCUUCUUAUGAACCAUGCGCGGGAAAACGAAGUUCCAAAGGGAUCACUAAAGUUUCUGAGAUCUCUUGAGUGACCACUGCUAUAAAAAAACUAGUCAGCACGUAUUUUCUUGAGAAUUCUCGAAUAUUUGUGUAUUUUUUGACGAAUCGUGUUCAUUUUUUUUCAUGUUUUCCGAACAAUUUUUGUUUAAAAAAUGAAAAUUAUUCCAUAAAGGGCGCAGAAAGACUUAAUAGCACUUUUUUUGUACUUCAGAAACUUCCAGCUGAAUUUUAAAGGUGUUUUCUAUUUCCUGUUCGCACACGUCAUGAGAAGGCGAAAACUGCCACGUUGAAACUUCUCAUUUCUCGUUUUUCUUUUCAUAACACAAGGCUUUAACUCACGUCAUCAUUUCAUUUCCCUUUUAUUUAACAACUUUGUAGGAAGAACUUCACCGAUAGCUCGAAAAAAAGUUUACAAUUCGUUUCUUUUUUUAAAUAUUGUCUCUUGUGCAGAGCCAGUGGAAAAGCCACUGUUCAUUAUUCAUAAAUUUUUAUCAUAAGCUCUGAACUGACAAAAACUUUUUCGAAACAAAGUAGAAAAUUCAGUUUUGGAUACAACAGAAAAUAAAAAAAUGAUAACUAUUUUUUGCUUUUCACGAUAAAAUCCAGAGCUCCGCGAGGUACAGAGCCUACCGUGCCAGCUUGUCCUGAUUUUUUUUUCUGCCAAAAAGAACGUAUAUUAAAUUUGAUCAAAUUUGACCCCACCCCGCUUCAAGACCUUCGUUUUUUACUGAAUUUUCAGCAGUUAAGUUUGUAUCCACGGUAGCUUUUUCUCUGCUGUUUUAUUUGCUUUAAAGCCUCAAGGGCCUAAUUGCCUUCUUGUAGCUCGUUUCAUAAAUUAGAGACGUGACCUGGCGACAGCUCGCAGAGAUUUUACAUCGAUUGCUCCGUAACACUUUAUGAAAUCCCAUGAAAUACCGUCUUUUUUUUUAAAAGUCCUAUCAAAAGCUUUAUUCGUUUUUUUUUCUCAGAUCUAUUCAUAGUGCGGAAUAUCACGAAAAAAACGUUUAAAACUCAUUCUUUGAAAUUGAAAUCAAUCCUUUCUUUUUCAGUUAAUCAAAGCUCAACUUCAAAAUUGUUUCGUUUUUUAUUCCGGGUCUUUUUUUGCAAGAAAUAUAUUUUCAAUUUUAGGCAAAGAUGAUUGAUCCGUUGUCUUUGGGCGUCGCCCUAGCAAUACUUGCAGCAGGAGUUAUGGUUUUUGUGUAUUUCUUUUCUAACAAAGAAGAAGGAGACUUUGAGAAGGUUUUUUAAAAUUUUUUUUUGCGUCUUUUAGCUUUCAAUAUUUUAAUAAAAACUCGUAAUUCAGGCCUUUGAUGUGAAUGCGCGGAAGUUGUUUACUGACAACCAGAAAGAUAAACCUCGACAAAAAACAAAAAUGCCCAAGAAAAAGGUUUUUUUUUCAAACUUAAUUUUUGUUUCUCUGUACUAUACUAUCCGCACUGAUCACUCGGCGUAUCCUCAAAAAUAGCUAACGGAGUGAACUUUCAAACUCAAUCAGGAUUUACACGCGGUCAAUCAAUAAAUAGCAUGCAGAGACUAACUUUCUGCUAUUUCCGUACUCUUUGUGUGCACUCCGAUACUAUCCCUCUGCCCUCUAGAUUUGAGAGUGCUGACAAAGCUUUAGAAGUAUGCAGACGAAGUGCACUCCGAUAGCACUCUUACCGCGUAUCCUAUUUAAUGACUGACGAAGAGGAUACCUCGAUUGACCCUUGCGUAAGAAAUCUGCAGGAACUUUUUGAGUUUAACACGGAAAAUAGGAAUAUUUGCAUCGUGAUCAUCUUAAAAUUCUUCAUUUAACUGUUGACGUUCACGGAUACGGUCUCAGGUAACACGAGAGGCGAAGAACGAGUUAAUUUUGAAAGAAGAAGAAACGGGCCUCAACGAAGAAUCUGAUGGCGCCAUUUCCGGGGACAGCCACGAAGAGCCAGUUUUUGUCUCACAUCUCGCCGAAGUAUUUUUCUUUUUCUUUUUUUCUUUCAUUUAAACCUUAUAGGUUGCUGAAAACGCUACCACAGUUGUUCACGAGUCUGCCGAAGAAGGUUGUUUUCAAAAAAAUUAGAUUAUACUUUUUUAAAAUGUAAUUCCUAGAAAAGUUAAGGUUUGUUUUAUCGAAAUUUUCUCGCGGACUUGUUUCUGGAUUUGAAUGUUCCGUGCAAAAAAAUUUGGCUUGAUUUUCUCGGUUUUAAUGAGGUUUUUGUGGUUUCCAUUGCGUGUUUGUUGUAAACUAGUGUGAAAAACAUAAAUUUUUUUAAAAGUUGGUAGAAAUCAAUGUAAGAAGUAAUUUUUGAAGUUUUCUGAUACUACACUAGAAGCGCAAUGGACAGGCCAUGAUCUUUUCAAUACCGGCCAAAGGAUUUUUCAGAGAAUCCUGCUGAGUCAUCGCUGAAAAAAAAAAAAAUGAAAAAAAGCGUCAUUCGUUUUUCAGGAAUUUUCAAAGUUUCAUGUUUCUCAUCGAUUCAUUCAGCUGCUUCUGGUGCUCAAAAAAGCAAAAAGAACAAGAAGCCGCGCGGAAAGAGGGAGACCGAAGGUAGCUUGACGGCGAAUGUUGCUAGCAACGGCUCUGCCGAUGGAAAAGAAGUGAAAAUAGCUUUUUAAUUUUUUUAAUUUUUAAUUUUUCAAAUCAAAUAUCAGAAGUCUGAGAGUCCGCUGCCGUCCACUCCAACUCCAAAUUUGGAAAAAAUCACCGAGAAGAAGAAGCAGAAAAAAAAGCGUUGGUUUUUCUUUUUCGCUCACAGAAGCAUAACAUUUUUCUUUUAUAUUGUGUAAAUUUUUUUGUGAGUAAAAGAAAAUUUUUAUCGCUAGGGAGGUUGUUCAAGAUGAGCAAAAUUUUUUAUGCCUAGAUGUGAGAUUUAGUAUUCUUCUUGAUUAUUGUGACUCUUUCCCUUCCCUUGGAGAACGGAAAAGGUGAUUUUAGCAGUUUUCAUAACGUUAGUAGUUUAUUUUUGAAGUCCGUCACGACGACUAUUUUUUACUGAAAAGUAGAUUAUCGUAUAUAUCAAGCUUUAUAAAAAAAUCUCUCAUAGGAACACUUCUUGACGUGCCAGAAAAAAAUUCUUAAAGUCUGCCUUCAUUGUCAGUCCCAUGAAUUCGAUUCACAACGAAACAGUUUGAAGAUAACUUAAUAUUCCAUUGUUUUCAACAAUCUUUAAAACUAAGUAUGAUCCACUACCAGAAGGUCAAACAAAAUUUUUUUUUUUCAGCGAUAAAAAUCUCGGAACUGGACAGCAACAAGGUGUUGACACGGCUAGCGAAUGUCGACGACGUCGAGCCUGAAUACAUCAGUUUCUUGGCUUCGUAUUUUCAAGAGACCGGCGCUAACGUAUUCCCGCCUUCAGUAUUGAAUACGACUCCUUUUCUUAGGUAACCAACCUGCAGAAGGAGCUUAGUUCCGCAGUGGCCGCCCGAGAAGAUCAGCAACGUCGUCUCGAACUUCUCACUUCUGCCAAGGCCUCCGCCGACAAGCAAGCUUUUGAACAACAGUAUGUCGCUCUCAUUUCCUCUCUGAGAUGGAAACUUCGGCGAUAAAGAAAUCAGCAGUUUCUUUUCCUCAAUGUUUCUCAAUUUUUAUUUGUUACUUUGAAUUCAAUUCCAUGGUGUUUAGCGGAACCUUCAAGUUUUUUUUUUACAGAUAUUCAGUCAAGGCAUGGCAAAUUUUUGAUUGAUUCGAACUUCUCUUUCAUCGUUCUAUUAGAAAAAUCUAUUUCAGACGCCUCCUGAAAGACCUCAACAUUCAGCUUCAACAAGCGGCUCAGGCUGAGAAUUCUAUGCGAGCACAGCUUAGUUCUCUUAGUCAAGUAUAAUGAAAACCGAUUUUCUGCAAUGGUAACAUUAUUUUUAGUUGCAUUCUGAAAAUGGAUCUUUGAAAAAGUCACUCUCUAUCGUUUCUGCGGAACAAGAUGCCUCUAAAUCCGAAGUUGAACGUCUCCGACAGGUUGAUUUAAUUUUCGCUUUUUCUUCGAAGAUAUUUUGUUCAAAAAAUGAGUUCGCAAAAAAUUGUUCAAAUGCGAGCUGCGAGAAAAAUGUUGCGAAUGCGGAGUUAUAAAGGAGAAAUUUUUUGCUCAAUUUUCCAUGAACAUAAGAAGUUCCUGUUGGCGGUUCUGUAGAAAAUUUUAUAAAUAAUUAGAGGAUGUAUGGAGGUUAGCCGCAUUUUUUCGUUUUUUUUUGUUUUGUGCUGGACAAGGUUUGGUUACUUCAAGGAGUGUGAACCUGUAUCAAACGAAGUUUUGAUUUUUUUUUUUGCUUUUCAAUGCAUUUUUGUAUUUAAUGACAUAAGUUUUUGCAGGAGAAGGCCAACGUGGCCGCGAAGUUGGCGGCUCUGGAGGCCGAACUUGCUCUUCAGAGAAAAACGAACCAAUCACUUGUCGUGGAACUCAACCAGACGGCUUCCUUAAAGGUUUUUUUUUGAAUCAAAACGAUUCUUUCUUCUAUUUGAAUUCGGCGCUUAUACUAACUUCGGAAGAAAUGAGUACAAAUCAUAACUCUGCGAAUCAUGGAAGUUGUGAAUGAUCCGAUCUCCUUUCUUACAUCUUUGAUGUUGAAAGCAAUCAUUAAACUUCGCAAUUUUGAAGUACUGAUCAAAUUCAUUGUGUUUGUGAACCAAUUUGUGAGUCUUUGGCGAAUUAAUUUCAAAAAUAAAACUCCAGUAAUUCUCCAUUUUUCGAAGUAUGUCACGUAUACUCUUUUCUCUCAAUAUUCACGUAUACUCUUUUCUCUCAAUAUUGAGUUUUUAAACUAGAGUGAAGAGCAAAGAACAUUUUCAAAAUUUUGAAACUUUUGAAAUUUCUUAACGCCAAAAAGUCGAACUUUAAUGCUUCUUUUUCAUCUUCAUCCUCGAUCAAAAAAAGUUCGUUUCAAGGAGAACUUGGUGGAGCAGUCGCAGCUUCUGGCUCAGCUGGAGCAGUUCGAGGCGGCCGCGCAACUCGUCACCAGCGACCUCGAGAGGAAGGAUCUGCAGCUGAAGACUCUCGUUGCCGAGCAUCAGGAGCUCCUCAGCAACUUCUCGGCGGCUCAGGAACUCUGGCAACAGGUCAAACAGCCUCGGUUCCUCUUCUUUCCAAUUCCGAGAAGCAAUUUUCUCUCUAAUUUCUUGCCUAUUUCCAUAUUCACUUCUUUAAAAAGUUAGUUACGCGUUUAGAGGCGCUUUUAGAAAGUAUGUGGAAAUUACUACCCAGCCUGCGAACGCUAAACACUAUCAACCGUAUCUGAUCUGACUAUUUAUGGAAUUUUAGGUGGUAUAGUCUGUGUGCCACGACAUGAAAUUUCACCGAACGACAUUCCGAUGUUCCGCUGCGAGCGUUCGCGAAGCGUCUUUUGAAUCUAGGACACGCUUUCGAUUGAUGUUUAUUGCUGUGGGAGUACAUGAGAGUAGAGUACCUUAAUAAAAGUAAACAAAAAAUUUAAGAGCGCGACAAAGGUUCGCAAAGGCGCGCAGCGACACAGCGGAACGUCGUUUCGUGAGAUUCCAAGUCGUGGUAUAUACACAGGCUAUAUGAAAAAUAAUUUAGCGAAUUUUUAAAGGCCGACUUUUCUGUUUUUUUGGAUAUCGUUAGGGAACUUUCCGACGGGAAAGUUUCCGAUGAAUCGUUUUCCGACUUUUUUUCCAUUACAUUUUUCAGUUUAUUGAAAUUCUAUUCCCAUUUUUUCUCUUUUUAUUUUUUUUAAAUCAUGAAUUAACUACUUAUUUCAUAUAGAACGAUUAAAAACGAAGAGUUUAUCGAAAAAAAGUCGGAAUAGGAUUAGACAGAAAGUUCGCAGUCGACAAAUUCCCCAGAAUGAAUCGAAAAUGCGCCAUUCGAAAUUUCGUUGAUUUAUAUUUGAUAUAACCGUAUUGCAACGUGUGCAAAAGGUAUAUUUUCGCUUUUAAGUUUACUUCAAUUUUUCUGCAAUAUUUUUUUGCGAAAAUUUAAAACUUCCAUUCUCUGAAAAUAUGAAAGCUUCUCGAAAGUCCUUAUCAAAACGAUUCAAAAAUCGAAGUUCUUUUGCACAGAGGAGCUCAGAGAUCAAGGAUCAACUCUAUUUUCUCAAAUUUAUAGGACUCUUCGUUGUCUAUGUCUUAUGUUUGUAGUGCUUGGAAGUAUCAGAGAAGUCAUUCUUUCUAUUUUUUGUAAGUUUGAUUUUUCGUUGAAGCGGACUACUUCAAAAAAGAAAAAGGUCGAAAACAUGUUUUUAACUGCUCCAAGACAAGUCUUCAAGAUUUUCUCGGGUUCAAAGAAUUGCUCAAACUCGUUGGGUUCCUACAAACUGCAUGACUGGAUAACCGAACUACGAAAAUAGUCGAGACAAGCUAGCACUAGAGUUUCAUAAAUUCAUUUUCAGUUUUCUAAAUCAAAGCUCGUGAAGACACAUGAAUAGGCAUAAAACGUCGCUCCGCGUAUAAAUUAUAGUGUUGCAUUCUGUUGAUCCUAAUUAGAAAAAAUAGUAUCCGGGAGAAGCGCAAUGUAACUUUAAUUCACAGCCGUUAUAUGUUGCGCCACUUCCUGAGUGAAAUCGACGUUUGUUUUUUCGGCAAUCGUCAGAUAUUCUUCAAAGUAAAAGAAAAAAAGGAGGUUUUUUUCAGUCCAUGCAGUGCAUGCUAAUCGAUUUCUAGGGGUUGUGUGCGCCAUUGGGAAAAAUGACGAAAUCUUUUUCAUUACACUUUUUCUUUCCAUUAUUCCAGUUUAUCGUUUCUAUUUUUUCUCCUAUUUUUGGGUGAUUUUUAGUAGUAAUUUUGAACUAUUUAGAAGUUUCAUUAUUUCUAGUUUUUCUCUUUCGAACCUCAGCUAUUGAUAGGAAUACACACGCCCUUGGUGGAGUUGAAAUAAAAAAAAAGUCUAGGAGAACAAAAGGAUUUGGCUAACCUAAGGUACUUUAAAGUGAAAAAUCAUACUUAUUUAUUUUUUCGCACACUUUUAUGACAUGAAAGAUUUUUUUUGGAAUUUUGGUUUGAAACUCAGGCUCUUCAUUAAAUCAUUAGCGGAAGGCCCACUUACUUUGUAAAAACCUAAACGUUCGCUUACUCGAGCUGUGCAAAGAAAAGAGCGCUUGAUCGGUUUCGCGAGUUGUUAAUAUCGAACUGAGCAGGAUGUCGCACAGGAUUGCAAAAGUGUUUACUUUUCGGCACUUUGUGUUUUAUAUUGCAUUUGUAUGAUGCAUUCCUCAGAGCAGGUCUUGUGAUAAGCACCGCCUCUUUUUCUUCUCUCCUCCUAUCUUCUCAGUUUUUGUUUUAAUGAACAAAAACCUCUGCACUUGCACUUCGUUUCAACCUCUGUCUCUAGUCUCGGCAGGCCGUUUCAAAAGACUUCUGCAACCGGUUUUCUAUCUGCAAGUGAUUUCAGAAGGAGACGAGUCUCACGAUGAACUGCCACUCGCUGCAGACGCUCGUUGAGCAGCUGAAGGAAGAAGUGGCCAAGUUCGAAGUCUAGUAUGUUGUUUUCGAGGUCAUGUGUCGAUUCUCCUCUGAUUGCAGCAAGAAGGAGCAGCAGGAGCACCAGGAUCGUCUCAUCGCGAAAGAAAAUGAACUCGAGGAGAAGCGCCAAAAGCUUAGUCAGGCCGAAAUCAUCGUUUCCGGAGAGGACAGUGCCAAAGUGUUAGUGAUUUUUUGAACUUUCUAAAUUUUAAAGCUUUAAACUUCAAAAAGUCAUCAUCCUAUUUUAUUUUAAGAGGAGGAAUUAUGAAUAAUUUUUCUUAAUGAAUUCUCUAAAACUUAAUUUCUUAAUUUUUAUAAAAGAUUCAAACCAUCAGCUUUUCGCUUUCCUUUCAUGUUUUCAUGCGUUUUACUGCUAAUUAUUUCGUUUCAGCGCAGAACUGGAAGUGGCGAAUCGAGAGUUGCGAAAAACGAUCGAAGAACUGACGGCUCAGCUCGAGGAAUCGCGUCGAAAUGAGAAGGCAGGGUAAGAAACUGAAUUUCUACGUUUUGUGUUAUUGUGUGUGUGUGUGUGUGUGUGUGUGUGUUAGAAGCGAGAGGAUCCCGAGAAAGAAAGGAGACAGAACGGAGUGUUUUUUAGUGUUUGUCGUGUUGAACUCUGUGUUUAAUGAUGCCUCCGCUUUUUUUUUUUGCGUCGGUGCCGUCUUUAUCUUUGAGCGUCACUCUGCAGAGUGCGCAUGUUAUUGCUGUUGUUGGGUGAUUUUCGUCUGAAGCAAUCGAUCAACCGCCUGCCAUGUCUUGUCGGCUUCUGUACUCGACAACUCUUUUAGUUGCGACGAAGAGAAGGAGAACGAGCCUCGACAAUACAUUUUCACCUACGGCGACGAAGACGGACCGACGCCGAAGCAAAGCACGCAGUUCGCCUCGUCGCUCAACGGCUGGACCCCUCAAACCAUGAGCCUAGCCUCCGAUGGCCGUUACGUCAUCUCCUACGAUGCUCCCUCCGGCAGCCAUGAUCAGAUCUUGUUCAAAUUCAUUGUCGACGGCGUCUGGUUGACGAGUUCAAAGUAUCCUCAACGUUCCGACGACGGCGUUGUCAACAAUUUCAUCUUCCCCCAUUGAACUGGUCCAAUAGUGUUUAAUAGAAUUGUUACUUUUCUUUUUAUUUUUGGGAUUCUGAAAAUGAAGCUGCGGGAAUUGCACCGAAUUUGAAAUGAACGUUCAAAAAAGCACGUUUUUUCCUCAAUUUUUUAAUGAAAAGGACAAGAAAAUGAACUUGGGCCAAAGGCUUGAACAGAUAUGACAACUUCAAAAAGAAAAAAAAAAUUAAAGUUGGCUCAUUUUUCUUCAUUAUUUGAGUGUCUUGAAUUAGUUAGCUUAAUUUCAAAUUCCUUUUCACACGACUUAUCGCUUCAUUUUGUUUCAGUUUGUUUAAUAUUGGCUGUGAGACAAAAGACGAUAUUUUCAUUGCUCGGAAUGGCAUUAUGUUGUACUUUGUAAAUAUAAAUAUAUUCAAUCCUCUUGUCAAUGAGUAAAAACGGUGGUUGUGUGAUUCGAAAAUUUUGUUUUUUCAAGUCAAUUUUUACUUUCAAAAACCGGUCCUCUCGAACUAAGGUAUCCAGAAGGAAAAAAGGAAGAAGUGUUUGAACUCGUUUCUUGUUGUGGUGGUGGUCGAAAGCAGUGUCUGUGCUCUUUCAUUCUCUUUUCACUUUUGAGAGAUUUUCCUCGAGAUAAAUCACGUUCGCAUGUUUUCACUAACAAUUGAAUGAACAGAGGCCGUUUGCAUGUAUACGAUCGGAAAGUUGGCUCCCGAAUAGAAAUUCAUUGAUGUCAACCAUCAUUUUACGUUACUAGCGAGAAGGAGAGUUUCUAAAUAACGGGAAGAAUCCAAAUUUUGAAAGUGUAAACCCACUAACGGCAUCACGUUUAUACACUGUGACUGUUCAUACAUAAAGUCUCGGAAUCGCCCAGAUUAUAUAAAUCGAAUUUUUUUUUGCAGAGAGGAGGUUGUUCAAUUGGAGAAGUCGCACACGCUGAACUCUGCACCAAGUGCACAUGGAGAAGACACGGAACGCAUGCGAAAAGAAAUCACCCAGCUGCAGUCGAAAGUGGAGGUUUAAUCUGAGCAACUUUUGUAUGAACAGUUUUCUAAGUAGCUUUUUCUUUUCAGUUCGUAUGGAAAAUAAGUUCAAAAAGCUAUUCAGUUUAAAAUAAUUUUGGCAGGAACUUCGCGCUCGUAACUUCAAAAUCCUCGAGAACGUAGCUUCUCCCGAUAAGGAAGUGCCAAAAGAAUCGCCUUCGACCUCGGUUUGUCGUUUUGUUCCCUUCUAAGGCUAUUUUCAUAAUUGGAGGAAAGAAUUCUUGAUAACAGGAAAAAAAACAAGGUCUUUCCUCUAUUAGAUAUUUUUUCAGAUUUCAUUGUGAUACGAAGUUGGCUUUUUCAUAAUUCAAUAAUGAUCAUUUAAAAGCUCUUUAAUUUUAGAAAUUACAAAUCUCCAAGUUUUCAGAACAGUUUUGGUGACGACCGCCGAUUGCUCAUUGAAACUAUUGGAGAAAUCACGAAAAAACCAUUGGACAUCGACGUAAAUUCGAAGGUAUGGGCCGUGUCUUGAAGCCUGUGUAAAAGAUUUGCCCAGGAUCUUUCGAAAUGGCUCAGAGAAGUCUCUUCCUCUCUGAAUAACGCUCAAAACAUUCCAGCCAAGGUGAAGCUGCUUCCUCAACUAUUAAUCAAAAGCUCUUUUUUUUGAGAAAGCACGAAAAGGACCCACUGAAGAAGGAGGUGUCGAGGUUUAUCGUCAAGCGCUAGCCAAAUUGGUAUAAUGCGGUCUUUUGGGCUGUAAGCACAACGUUGGUGGUUUCAGACUUCAGAAUUGGUUCGGAUUGAAAAGUUGGCGUGCGCCCGUGAGGCCGAAUUCGAAAAGAGCAUUGCUGCUUUGCAGUCCAAGCUGGAGAAAGCGGUAAUUUUUUUAUCAAAAAAAUAAUAUAUUUAAAGUUGACUUUUUCAUCAAUGUCACGCACGGAUCUGUUCGGAAAAUUCAGAAAACCCUUCCUCAUGACUUUCGUAAGAAAAAAAAAAUCACCCUUUUUAUAUACCUUUUCCAAGAACAGCGACAAUUUUCAUCGAGAAAAACUACGCCUUUCAAUGAGCAAAGAUUGGAGACUUCUUUCUCUUUUUUUUUUUGAAAGGUAUCACGAAAAAAUGGGUAGUUUUAAUUGCAAAAAGUAGGCGCUAUGCGUGAAGCACUCCUAAACAGUCUUGGAAUAUUUCUAGCUUGCUUUAAAUGGAACUUCCCUGUGGAAUAACUUUCUGCGGCUUAAGUUUUUAAAACCUCUGGAAAUCGCAAAAGUUUUUUUUUGGAUUUGAUUAGUUCAAGAACUCUACUGUGAAUAUCAGAAAGAAAAAUGUAGAUACUCAUUUUCACUCUUGUUCUUGAACGAGUCUCACCAAUUUAACCCAUUGCAAGCCGCUGAAAUGCAUGCUAAUUGUUUCGAGUCUCACCAUCUGUCCGACAGUCUUUUACAAUGUAAUUUGUGUUUUUCACUGGGAUUUGUUGCUGCACAGGAUCGCGUAGCUUUGGUUUCGAAGCGAGUUUUCGUCGAGAUGAAGCAGUGCGUCGAUCUUCGAAAGGUUUUUUUUUGUCCUUUUGUGCGAGUCUUUGUCCGGAAUGCUUUACUUACUCUUUUUUUCCUAUAAACCUAUCUCAUCUGAAGUCUUAUGUUGAUUUUUGUUUACAUGGGGGUUUUCGGAGCUAUGAGAUUGUGCUAAAAUAGCUUAUAUGUACUGUUCUAGAGAAAGUUUUUUGUUGAUAUUUGAAGUUUUGUGCCAUCCUCCACCGUGAGAUACCACCAGAUACUAAACCUUCUCAUUCUUUUCAAACGGUGUUAAUUUGAUUGAGAGCAUACAAAUGAUAGUAACGGCAUUCGGCCACUCUCAAUUACGUCAAAAGUUUUGAAAUGGAGCGAGCAAGUUAUUUGGCCCAAGCUAUUUUUAUAGUGCUGUAGGAAAGACUUCCGAUUUCCAACUAUUCUUUUCUUGAUACCUUUUCGACGUAUGAUUAAGAUUCGAGAGAUACUUUUUCGCACUGUCCAUGUUUCUUUGGUAAAUUUUAGCAAAUUGAUUCUCUACGCGACUCGCUCACGACGCCAACGACUUCGUUUUUCGAAGGCUCUCGGUCGCCACCCCAAGCCGGCGUCGUCAGAAGCGACGAAUCUGACUGGGAACUUGUUUACAACUGA